ACCGCUAUGUGCUUUAGCUAAGCUGUUUUGAGAGAGAAAGAGAAAACGCCUCACAGUCAUUCACUGCGAGGACAAAAAGUUAACUUUUUGCGCACAAAUAGUUUCUAGGGUUAAGAGUGGCCAUAUUAGAGUUUGGCUUUGUCCGUAUUGAGGAGUGAUUGAGAGGAUGGGCUGUGGAGAGACUGAGAACAGUAUGCAGUGAAUAGGCCUGGCUCCAGUCAUCUCACCGCUGGCACAGUGCCCAAUUCCUCGAGAUGAUGUCAGUAAUGGCAUGAGAGGCCCGGCGUGCGCCCAACACAGCGUCAAAUUGUGAACUUCAUAAGAGGGACUUGAGAAGGGGGGGAAGCUGGCCAUGUCCCGGGUCCCCACACCCCCUCCCCCGGGGGAAAUGACAUCAGGACCUGUGGCAGAGAGCUGGUGUUACACACAGGUUAAAGUAGUGAAGUUCUCCUAUAUGUGGACAAUAAACAACUUCAGUUUCUGUCGUGAGGAGAUGGGUGAGGUACUGAAGAGCUCAACAUUUUCCUCUGGUCCCAACGAUAAGAUGAAAUGGUGUUUGAGGGUGAAUCCAAAGGGGUUGGAUGAUGAAAGUAAAGAUUACCUUUCUCUGUACUUGCUGCUCGUCAGCUGUCCAAAAAGUGAGGUCCGAGCAAAGUUCAAAUUUUCCUUACUCAACGCCAAAAGAGAAGAAACUAAAGCCAUGGAAAGCCAAAGAGCCUACCGAUUUGUCCAAGGAAAGGACUGGGGCUUCAAAAAAUUUAUUAGGCGAGACUUUUUGCUCGAUGAAGCAAAUGGACUUCUUCCAGAUGACAAACUUACCCUUUUCUGUGAGGUAAGCGUGGUGCAGGACUCUGUGAACAUCUCUGGCCAGUCCAACAUGAACAUGCUGAAGGUUCCGGAAUGCCAGCUGUCAGAUGACCUGGGCAAUCUGUGGGAAGGCUCGAGGUUUACAGACUGCAGCCUGUUUGUGGGUGGGCAGGAAUUCAAAGCACACAAAUCCAUAUUGGCUGCACGGUCACCAGUUUUCAAUGCCAUGUUUGAACACAAAAUGGAGGAAAGUAAGAAGAACCGAGUGGACAUCAGUGAUGUGGAGCCAGACGUUUUUAGGGAGAUGAUGGUUUUCAUUUACACAGGGAAAGCUCCCAACCUUGAAAAAAUGGCCGAUAACCUGCUGGCUGCAGCAGACAAGUAUGCUCUGGAGAGGCUGAAGGUGAUGUGUGAGGAAGCUCUGUGUAACAGUCUGUCUGUAGAGAAUGUGGCAGAUAUCCUGAUACUGGCUGACCUGCAUAGUGCAGAGCAGCUCAAAGCGCAAGCCAUAGACUUCAUCAACAGGUGCAGUGUUCUCCGACAGCUCGGUUGUAAAGAUGGAAAGAACUGGAAUAGCAAUCACGCAGCGGAUAUAAUGGAGACCGCGGGCUGGAAAGCCAUGAUUCAGUCUCAUCCUCACUUAGUGGCCGAGGCCUUUCGCGCACUCGCCUCCGCCCAGUGCCCUCCGUUCGGCCUGCCCAGGAAACGACUAAAACAGUCCUGACCUCUGCUUUUAAAGACUGCAUAAAGACACGACACGGGACGGAACCACCCCAACCCCUCCUCCCAGCCUCACUCCACUUGCCUGAGCCAAGUUGGGAGGAGUUCUGUUGUUCCACAAUGCUCUCUGCUCGCCAGAGACCAGAAGGACUUGAACAUGGCUGCCUCCCCGUCAGCUCCCCCAGUUUGUAGGAGGAGUCCUAGGAGCUUCACUUUGCGAUUACGUCAUUUUAAAAGGGCCUUAAACAAUCUUGCCACCCUUUCUCUCUCUCUCUCUCUCUCUCUCUCGCUCUCUCUCUCUCUCUGUUGUCUCUGUGUGAAACCUGUGCCUGCUGUGGCUAGCACAAGGCCUACCCAAAUUGCACUAGAUACCCAUAAUGCAGUAGAUUUAAAUAUGGUGAUGUUUAGGACUCUGUCCAUUAGUGUUGUCUUUGGGCCGAGUCUCUUACACCCAGAUGUUGAGCCCCAUUCGAGAUCAGGCCUUUCAAAAAAUGGUGGGAACACAUGUCAAGCGCAAGAUCAUUUUCACAGACAUUUUUUUAAAGGGGUGUUAUUGCCCAUAUUGAUGGCAAAAUCUUUUGUAUUAUGUUAAACAUCUCUAAAAAAAAAAAAAUGGGCAUAGGUAUUACCUGAAGUUCAGGCUUCAAAAUACUUGGUAAAAUGUGAUGCAUCGUGAGUAUGUGAUUAUAAGUAUUACACACAACUGAAGAUUUCUGUAUUUUGCACCUCCUUAAUUAUUGGGUAAAUAUGAAGACUUGUUUACCAUUUUUUGUUUACAAAACAUUUUUCCUUUUCACACACAGACUUAUUUUUGACCUUAAUUGUAUGGAUUUUAUUUUCCGUUAAAUACUGCUUUGCAUACUCUAUCAAAUGCCAGAGUUCUUUGUGUUUGGGAAAAAAAAGUAUUGUGG